UAACUACCCGCGGGAUGCCCAAGAAGCUGUGUUCGAAUGGCCUAACUUUGUGAUGCUAUAUCAGCGGAGUUUGAGCGAAUGUCCCUUAGCGCGGCUGCGUGGUUUAUCUCCUUCCUAUUUCCCUCCUCCGUACCGGCCUGGCCCCAGAACAUCUGCGAUGUCUGCGCAGUGCCGAGAAAUAUCAGGGGAAGCUAUGGCCGGGAUGGGUGCUGGUUCCAAGACGGGCAUGCGGCAUGCCGUCAUCUCUCUUUCGCCCCUCAUUUUCGUUAUUCUUCAAAAUCCUCAGCAAUCUGUUUGCCGCUGCCGCCGCACACAAUCCGCGCGGCGGGAUUGUCAACCUUGAACCUCACGAGAAGCCCAAGUGAUGAAGACAGAGAUCGAGGGGCAUACGUUGCACAGACGAGCAAGAGGCAGAUAUCCUGCUUGUUGCUGCCAAGAUGAAGCCUGCCAUUGAGUAACUACGAUUGCGCGAGUCACGCGAUCGGGCGGCACCGAGCCCAUCCGGUCUUCUCCCCCUCUCUCUCGCUGCCUC